AUGGUAUAUUUGGACAGUCCUGGUAAUCAAAAACGUGUCAAUAGUAUCUCUAAAUUUGUUGAAGAGUUGUAUGAAUAUUUAAAACAAAAAGCGAGAAACAAUCCAUAUAUAACACAAGAUACAGAAUUCACAAAAAUAUUGUUAGAUGGAUGCGCAAUUACAAAUCCUACUCCUACAAAUAGCCCGAAAAAUCCCUUGUCCAAUUUAAGUAGCACGUCAUCAGAACAUAUAGAAGAAAUUUUAUCUUCAUUCAUCGAAGAAAACAUUAAGGAGCUGUCAGGUUCAAAGAAUAAUUGGACCAUGCCUAAAAAUUCUGACUAUGAACUAGAGCAAUAG